AAAUCCCAACCGCGCCUUGAAGGCAUGAACCUGCUCAGAGACGAAGUGGAUCCAGAUGAGGCAGGAGGGGAGGGGCCGGUGGCACCGCCAUACCUCGCGCCGCUGAUGACGCUCAGCCACACCGCGCCCAGAGACUACCAGGCCGAACUGCACGUGUGGGCAUUGCUCGACUUCCAGAGCAGUCGUGACGUGCUCGUGUACUUACCGACUGGCUCCGGGAAGACCCUGGUGGGCGCCCUGGUGGUUUCUGCCAUGGCCACCUGCAACAAGAGGAAGCGAGUAGCUUUUGUUGUGGACAAAAUCCCCCUCAUGCAGCAGCAGGCAGAGUACCUCAGCAAAAACACUCCGAUGCGCGUGAUUUCCAUCUGCGGCACCACAGCUGACACAGAGCGGAGAAGGCUGUUGAAGUCACGGUUCGACGUGUUGGUUAUCACAGCCCAGGUGUUCGUCAACAUGCUCAAGAGGGACAAGACGCUUGACCCAGCGCAGUUUUCGCUCGUGGUCUUCGAUGAGGCGCACCACUGCGCAGGUGGUCACCCGUUCGCUGGCGUCAUGGAGCAGCUCCGCCUGUGUGCGCCACUCUCGCGCCCGCGCGUGCUUGGGCUCACGGCGUCGCCGGCUGGCGCUACAGACGAGCGAGAGACCAGUCGAGCGCUCGAGCGUCUGGAGAGGCAGCUUGGAACGACGCAGCCAGCCGUCCUUCGGACGCCCUGCGUGUUCCGCGACAGCCUCCGGGACGUUGUCGACCCGCCGGAACAUUGCUGGGUGGAGGUGGAAGAAUCCGCCUCGAUGCGGGGCUUCCAGGAGGCCGCCUCGCGGGUCCUGGACUGCCUGCGGGGCGACGUAGAGAGGACCCUGGGCGUGGAGGGGCUCCUCGGCGGCGCGGCGAGCCAGCUCGCCGGGUGGCAGUUCGUCCGCGGGUUCGCGGAGCAGCGGCACCCGCAGCUGCUGCAGAAGGCGAGGCUGGCGACGUGGGUCGCGGAGGCGGCGGAGGUCGGCAGCAGGCUGGGCGACGCCCACGGCCGGGCCUUCUUGGAGCGGGUCGGCGCCGCCGGGCUGGCGAGCCACGCCGAGGACGCCCGGGCGGGCCUUCGUGGGCUGCUCGCCUGGAGGGGGAGCGACGCGCCCCACCUCUCCAAGGUGGUCAGCCUGCUCCGCAGGGAAGCGCAGAGCCGGCAGGAGAGCUUCCGAGGCGUCGUCUUCGUCUCGACGAGGGCGCUUGCCGGCGUGGUGGCCGACGUCCUGCGCAAGCUGCUGCAGCCCCUGGACCUGCGGCCGUGCUGCCUGGUGGGCCGUGGCGAGGGCACGGGGGAUGCCGCGCAGUCCUCGGCCCUGCAGCGCUUCCGGAGUGGCGAGGUCAGGCUCCUGGUCGCGACGUCGGUGGCGGAGGAGGGCCUCGACAUUGCCGAGUGCAGCAUCGCCAUUCGCUUGCACGGGGUGCGCUCGUUUGCAGCAUACGUGCAGUCACGCGGGAGGGCGCGCGCCCGCGGCAGCACGUAUGCAGUAGUGGGGACGCCGGCGGAGCGUCGCAGCUUCGACGAGUUACAGAAGGCCGAGGAGAGCCUGCAGAGGGUAGCGCGAGACCCUCAGCAGGCCAUGCUCCACCGAUCAGAGCUUGAUCGGGCCGCUGGUCUUGCCGAUGCGCUCCAUCGAUCAUCGCUCGGGAGCGGGCAAGACCGCAUGAGAGAGGCUGGAGACCCGCAGCGUGAGCAGGUCGAGUUGUGCACUCGACAGCUGCUCGGUGGAGAGCACGACGUUCACGCGACAGCCGCGAAGAGCCCAGCGGACGGCCUGGACCCAGGCGCAUCCGACGUCGGUGAUUUGUGUAUCGUGGCUCACGGCUUGCCCGUUGCUGGGGUCGACGGCGCUCUCAUCGCAUUCGCCCCCAUCGGCAGGGUCAAGGACUGCGUGCCCGAGGGGCCCCACUACUUGUUUCCAGACCGCCUGCGCCCUGCGGGGUACAGCGCCUACGUUACGCUGCAAAUGGAGCACAGUGGCAAGAUGCACCGGCAAGCUCUGCUCAGCAGCCUCUGCCGCAGAGCGCCCCCCGGCGUUUGGCUCCGCGAGGUGACGCGUACCGUCAGCAGAUGGGAGCGCGAGUCUUUGCAGGCGAAGGUGGAGGCGGGCGGCAUCUUCGCGUUUGGGUCGAGCGGGCGCGAGGCUGCGUUCUGUCCGCAGGCCAGGUUCCGCGACGCCAGGGUGCAGAUGGGUCCGAAAUGCUUGAUCUUCAGAGUUCCGAGUGCUCAGUCCAGCGGACGUGAUCUGGAGGAUGCGCCUUCCGAGACCUUGAAAGUGGCCAUCGGGGUGUCUGACUUGCUGGACUCUGCCCUCGUGAGUGGUGACUCGCUUGGCAGCAGCGGCGUGACUGUCUAUGCAUUCGUGAAUCAGCCACCCAAGUUCUCAAUCGGCGAGGCAGCGAAGGACGGGCGAAGCAAGCAACCAAAGGAGCGCCGAUGCUGCAUGCCGUCAGCGCUUUUUGGCCGCAGUUUCGUCUACGCGUUCCACUUCGGGUCUUGGGAGCAAUGCCAGCCCUUCUUGGAUUUCCUCAGCCAUGUCGGCACGCACUUGUGCCACGCGAAGGUUGUCAACCUGCCCCACAGCCUUCAGGUUCCAGAGUGGGGCAGCGGUUGGGACCGAAGCGACCUCGCGUGGACCGAAGAAGUGACCGAUGACUUCCAGCUCGGACUCUGUGACAGCAUGCCUGGGUAUGACAGCCGCUGGAGUACCGUGCUGGUGCGCCUCGUGCGCAGCCUCGGGGGGCCGCGGGUGCGGAUGCGGCUCGACUUCGAGGUGCUCUACGCGCUGCUGUGCGCCGCCAGCGCGGAGCCCGCGCUGGUCUGCGCCGCACUGUCCCACGAUCUCCUGGCGCGGCUGGGGGCAGCGCACCCCGAGGACGCCGCCGCGGCGGUGGCGGAGCUGCCGUCCCAGCUGGACUCCAGGCUGUUCGUGGACGCUGGAGCCCUGCUGUCGCGCAGCGUCGCUGCCGCGGAGGAGCGCAGGGGGAGCGGAGAGGCGAGGCUGGCCCAGGUUCCCAGAGGCCACGUGCUGGCCCGUUGCGUGGUGGUAACGCCGGCCCGCCUGAACUUUCGUGAGCCCGAGUGGAUCCAGUCGUGCCGCAUCCUGCAGAAGUUUGGUGAGCCGGGGCAGCAUACGGCGAGUCGGUUUCUCCGCGUCCAGUUCUGUGACGAAGAUGGCAGCCCGAUGGUCGGUGACACGAUGGCACCGCGGAUCGGCAUGAUAUUUGACCAUGGUAUUCGCAUCAACGACAGGCAUUUCAAGUAUUUGCAUUGGUCGCAAAGUCAGAUGCGAAGCGGAAGUUUGUGGCUGUACGCUUCGGAUGGCAGCGUCGAGUGCGAAACGAUACGCCGUUGGCCUUUUCUUGAUCCGCAAGCUGCACCCCGCAAUCCCAGCAAGUACGCUUCCAGGCUUGCCCUAUUUUUCAGCUCCUCGGCGCCAACUGUCAGUGUCAGUUGGGAUGACGUUGAGGUGAUUGACGAUAAGAAAUCACACCACAACGGGAAGGAGUAUUGCUUCACCGAUGGCGCAGGAAAGAUUAGGGCAGACAUUGCUCAAGAUGUGUCCAGCCGCUUAGGGUGCAAUGUGGUACCCUCGGCUUUCCAGAUACGGUACGGCGGCGCAAAGGGCGUAGUAGUCGGUUACCCGGGCUGCAAUCGAAAGUUGGAACUGAGGAAGAGCAUGAUAAAAUUUGAUUCGAGGCAUGACUCAUUUGAGGUCGUCAGUUGGUCCCGAAACAACCCUGCUUUCCUCAACAGGCAGAUCAUCAAUUUGUUGGCAGCACGUGGCAUCGAGCCCGAGGUGUUCUUGGGGAUGCAGGAAUCCGCCUUGUUGGAGGCUUCGAAGGUUGUGGUGGACCCAAGGUGUGCAUCGCGGAGGCUGAGCCACAUAUACGCUGGCCCCGGCUCGGUGUCGCUGCUGGACGCAGCUGGCGUGGACUUCACCGCAGAGCCGUUCUUCGCAUCGCUGCUUCGGUUCGUGUACCGCCAGGACGUGCGAAAGCUCCGGCAGAAGACCAGCAUACCGGUCGCGGACGCCUCGCUCCUUCUCGGGGUGCCAGAUGAGAGUAGCACCCUCCGGUACGGUGAGGUCUUCAUACAGAUUUCGGAACCAGAUCCAAGCGGAGGCGUUCGCAAUCGCAUUAUCAAAGAUUGCAGAGUAAUGGUUACCAAGAACCCAUGCCUCCAUCCAGGUGAUGUCUUGUUGCUCGAUGCAGUCGAUUGCUCAGCCUUGCAGCAUGUAGUUGAUUGUGUCGUGUUCCCAGUACAAGGACAUCGGCCACAUCCUGAUGAAUCUUCUGGCUCUGACUUGGAUGGCGAUCUGUAUUUUUGUACAUGGUGUCCAGAGUUAGUACCGAAGAGAACGGCCGAGGCCAUGGAUUAUUCAGAAGGGUCGACAACAAAAACAUCCCAGGAUCUGGAAGAAGUGACAGCCGAAGUGAUGAAGGAGUAUCGAAGACUCUAG